UAUAAAUUUACAUUUGAAGCUGAACCAGAUCAUUUGAAAGUAAAAUUUCCCAUUUGAAAUACCUAUGACUCAUUUUGACUAAGUUUAAAAAUUGUGCAUAACAAUAUUAUAACAAUAAUAUUAUAAAACAGCACUUAAAUAAUUUUAUAAAAGAUUCAGAAUACGUUUUCAAGAAUAAAAAUAUGGGUGAUUUGAUUGAAUUUACAACAAGAUUGAAAUCGGAGAUACUUUUCUACAAAGUGAAUUUGGGUGCACUUCUGUUUUCAAUAAAAGGAGACAGCAAUGCGGUUAUUGGCCUGGCAGAAAAACCUUACCUUCCAUGUAUUUAUUGGCUUUACAUUGGAGCUAAUGGCUACAGCUACAUAAAGAAGUACCAGAAGAGUUACAGGCGUGUUGAUACUCGUGACAUUAUUGUGAGGGACGAGUACAAACACUUUUGGUUGGCAUGGAAUGACUGUAAAAUAAGAUUCGGUAAAAGAGGUGACACAAAACCCAUUCUCAGCAAGACUAUCAAAGAAAACAAUUUAGCCUAUGUGACCUUUACAUCAUUUUUGCCAACUGACUUGUACUGGAGAUGCAUACUGCCACCGUUUAUAGAGAAACCCAUUAUAGCAAAACUUACCGGUGGCGAGCCACAGUGGAUACCAGCUACAGACCAGUUGCCAGAUAACGCCCUCAUUGGGGGCUAUGAAAGGGAGACACUGUACAUAAUACGUGCACAGCACCGAGGGUCUCUGACGCCGGGGAAAUUUGUGCCAUCUGAAGGUGUUGGAUACAUUGCCUGGGGUGGGGCAGCACAUGAGAAAAACGAAUUUGAGGUGUUGUGCGGUUUUAACUGCAUAUGGCAGAGUACGUGCAAGAACAUGAUACCCGUUGGAGCGGUGGAGGCUGGAUAUUCCGAGGACUUUGAGAGAGGCAAACUCUACGUUGGCCGAGCUGAGCACGAGGGACACCUCAUACCGGGCAAAGUACAGCCGAGUCACAAAGUGUGCUACAUAGCGUAUAACGGUCAGGAAAUUGCUAGGAACGAGUAUGAGAUAUUAGUGGUGCCAUACACCAACGAACGGAGUACCAGCGACAACUAUAUGGUGGAAGUGGACGUGAGCGACUUUCACGACAAUGAGUUUGAUGAGAGUGAUUCUGAUAAUGAUUUGAUAAUGUGACUGUAUUCACUGUGUACUUAGUUAAUGUUUAAUUUUUCACCUGCUAUUUAUUAAUUGUUUGUGAGAUUUGUAAGUACCUAUUUUUGUAAAAUGUGAAUAUAAAAUUCAUCAAUUUUCUAGUUCUUAAA